AUGGAGGAGAAAAUCAUAACACCUGUGCAAGAACAUUACAUUAAAAAGGAACUUUUGAAGUUGGAAUUAGAAAAUGAAAUUGCACUACUAGAUGAUCCAUUCGCCUUACGGAAGUUUGGCUACCCUUUCUGUUCUACGGAUCCAAUCGAUAACACCGCUAAUAAGAAGAGAUCAUCGGGUAUGUUCUCAUCUACGUUGAUUCCUAAUUCCCCGAAUUAUAAUGGUAUAAAAAGUAAAAGUAAUAUUAGUUUACUUUCUAUCACCAGCGGUGAUAAUGGGGCUAAUAAGUUGGCAAAUGCAGAUGUUACGUCACUAUAUGGCAAUGAUUCAGACCCGAACGCUUUCAAUAUGUUAAAUUACUUUCUAAAAGAAUUUAUAAUUAAAUUUCCGUUAUUAAAUAAUUCUGACGAAGCCCUUAAAACAAAAUUUUGGCAACAGAAAGUGCAGCCCUUCUAUGAAUAUUUUAUGUCAUUGCCAUUCAGUGAUAGUCUAGAUAGAGAAAAAUCUUCAAAGAGAAAAAUGAUGUCUACCGUGAUAAAUAAAUUAGUAUAUUCAUUUUUUGCUUCAAACAUAAUUACCGCUAAUGAAAGCUUAUACUAUACGAAGGAAAAGCAGAAGUAUCUAGAAGAACAGGGCAUAGAGAAAAAAUCUAGAUUGAAGCAUUUAGGCAUAGGUAUGCCUGAUACAAUUCGAUAUCUAGUUACAUCUGAAGAACUUUUCAUAAAUAACUGGAAUAUUAACAUAAUUGGAGUAUUGGAAAACAACUUAAAAGCUUUAGAUAAAAUUCAAAAAGGUCAGAAUAAAUCAAGCAAACUUGGUGGUAGUAAAUUAUCUGCCACUUCCAUUACCUCCAGUUUUGGUAUGUCCUCCACAAAAAAGUGGAUGAAAUCAGCAUUAUCAGUAACCUCUGCAUCAUCAACAGCAUUUAUUUCAAAAAUUACGACAGGAAAUUCUUCGGUAUCACCCCUCUCAUUGAUGUCAAAGCCCACUCAUUACUUUAUCUUAGAAGUUUACAAUAAAAACGAGCAUGAGGUAACUCACAAAUAUUUACAAAAGAGUUAUUACGAUUUUAUUGAAUUCUCAAAUAUUCUCAAAAAAGAGUUUCCUGCAAAAAAAUUACCAAAACUUCCUCAUAAACAGAAGGCUACCGAUACGUCUACAACUUCUCAUGAAGGUAUUCAAACUUCAACCUCACACGUAAGAUUAGCAGAUGCUCUUCAUACAGGUGAGCAGAAACCAUCUAUAAUAGUAAAUGAUUCUGAGAUUUCAUUGGACAAACUAAAUAUGGGGAUCGAUUCAGCAAUAAAUGAUGCACACUCUGAGGAUAUAAAUUUUGAAUUUGUUGAUGAUAAAGAUAACAAUAAAAAUAAUUCUAAUUUAUCUCGUGAUAUUACAAGAACUUCCUUCAGACAAUAUUUGAGGAAAUUAACAGAAGAUGAAGAGAUUGCUUAUAGUGUUUCGUUGAACACAUUUUUAAAUAGCAAUAAUGUACAAUUAGAUUCAUUACCAUCGGAGAUACAAGAGGAUAUAAAUUCGCGUAAAUUAGUCGAUGCUUCAAAUUUACAAGAUGAAGUUUCUAAUCAAGAGGAAAUGGAAGAAACAAUGCAUAUUUUAAGUCAAUCAAUGUCUGGAUUUAGGUCAAAAUUAGAGAAAGAUGACGAUUACAUAAAAAAUAUUAUUAAUGAAUUUAAAAUGCAGAAUGAGAUUAGUUUGAUGUCUGAUGAUGUUCAACAUUUCUCUGAAUGGCUAAAGUUAACUGCCUCCUCUGUGAUUUAUCAUUUGUUUUUAAGCAAGAGAGGCAGUCGUGGUCUUUUCAAUCAAGUAAGGAUGUUGCAUAACCUAAUACCUUACAACAUGAUGAGUCAAAUCAUGAAAGUUACCAAUCCCAUGUCUAUUAUGAAAGGUAUGACAGAUUUAUUUUUAAGCCAGCCAUUUGGGGGUUAUUCUUUAUUUCAAACUAUGUUUAUAACUAUUAUAACUGAAGAUAUUAGAGUUCAGACUAAAGUUAUUAAAAAACUAGAGAAAAAGAUAAUUGAAGAAUCUAAUGGAUCACAAACGAUAAUCGAUCAUAUUAAGCUAUUUGUAGAAAAGAAUCAAAUAUCGAAUGAACUGUCAUUAGAUGAAAUAAGAGCCGAAUCUCAAAAGAUGGGUAUGCCGAUGGUAUUAAUAGUAUUAAUGAAGUACUCUCAGCUUCGAAAAGUAUCCCAGAAAGAUGUCGAUAGUGUUAUAGAAUCGUAUACUGCCUGGAAAGUCCAAAACAAAUCUGUUGGAGUCGUCAGUGAGUCUGAAAAACAAGAAUCCAGUUAUUUUGCAAACUUAAAGGACUUACAAAAGCUAUAUUUUAAAAAUAAUGAUAAGAAGUUAAUGAAAAAGGUUUGGCAAGAUCCAGUCUUGGCCCAGUUACUGAAAGCAAUUGUUAAUUUAAUUUAUGAUCCAAUGGUGAAACUUUUUAAUAUUGCAGACGUGGAUAAGGGCUUAAAGUUAUUUGAAAGAUUUAUGACAGAUUUGAUAAAAUUAGUGGAUAAGGUUGUGUUUGGAAGGUUAGGUACUUGUACUAAGUUUGAUGUAAUUUGCAGAAUUAAAAACUUGCUUGAUAAAUAUGAAGAUGAAUUUUUGUCAUUGUUAAAUCAUUUCUUAAAUAAUGAUAAAGAAAAUGUUAUCGAAGAAUAUAUAGCAUGGGUUACAUCCAUACUAAACUUCCUUGAUAACAAAAAUGAAGUUGGUAAAAAUAAUGUAUUAGAUAUUGAGAAAUCAAUUAAAGAGUCAGAUAUACUAACAGAGAAGUUAACAACUGAAAUUGACGAUAUAAUGAAAAAUAAAUUUGCCAAAAGAAAGAUUUUUAAUGAUAUUGUCAGCUGUUGGAAACGAAAGACAGUGAUACUGGCAGAAAACUCCAAACUUUCUGACCAAGAUGAAAUUCGCAGCAACAUGACUGCCAUCAAAGAAAUAGACAUUGAACUGGGAAAUUUGGAACUAUUGUUCAACGAACUGAUGGCACAACAUUUAGAUAGAACAGAGCUAAAUAGUUUUAGAGAACAAGUGUUUGUCCCUUUUAUUAAUGGUAAGUAUUUCGGAUGA